AUGCAGUUUAAUUGGUCUUGGCUGGGAAAAGAAUGUUUGUGUGCUGUGGAGGAUCAGGGGGAAUGCUGGGCAUGUUGGGCAUUUGUUGCGGCGGAAGCCAUUACUGCCAUAUACUACAUUAAGUCGAAAAAGCUGAAACUGUUGUCAAAACAACAUGUUGUUGAUUGCUUGUAUAGUGUAAAGCCAGCGCCAGACACUGUUCGAUACCAUGAAAGAACGGGAUGUUAUACGUGUCAUUACAAUAAAUACUUUCAAUUUGCAAUCGAAGAAGGUGUUUAUUCGGAUAGCUCAUAUCCUUAUAUGGCCAGGAGGACUACCUGUCGUAGGCUACCUAAUGAGGAAAAAACCAAAAUCAAAAAGUUUAAAAGGGUUAAGGAUCUUGGUUUGGAUAAAAAAGGAAUUGAAGAGUUAAUCCGGAAGCAACCCAUUUGUGGAGCCGUAGACUUAUUGGAGAGCUUUCAGAAGCAUUCAGGAAAGGAUAUUUACAUGGGUCAUACAGAAGAACCUGACAUUUACUUUCCAACUGGAGGGCGCCAUGCAGUAUUAAUCGUUGGUUUUGGUGUUGAGAAUGGCGUGGAGUAUUAUUUGAUCAAAAAUAGUUGGGGAGUCAACUGGGGUUAUUGGGGUUAUGCUCGGGUUAAGAGAAGCCUCGUUACACGCUUGUCUUUUCCCGUGCUUGAUGAAUAG